AAGAUGGAAGAUCUGGAUCUAAAAGAACCUCCAGGAUCCAUCAGUCCAUCUAUGAGGAGUGACUGGUCCAAAGAAAACAAUCCAGACUUCAGUAAUGAACCUGGACCCUCAGACAGAAAGAGGAGCUUUAGUGAGGAGGAGCUUCCAUCCUGCUGUGGUUUGGGUCAGAAUGUUCUGAUGGAUCCAGGCUGUACCAGCUGCCCCCAGUAUGGGAAACAACCCAGAACAGGAUCCAGACUGACAGCCAAUCAGAGCAGCCGUGCUCCAGAUAUUGUUGGUCUGUAUCAGCCUGAACUUAAAGCGUCUCUGAAGAUGAAGAUCCAAAGUCUCUCUGAAGGCGUCGCUGAACAUGGAAAUAAAACCGAUCUGAACCAGAUCAACCCAGAGCUCUACAUCACAGAGGGGUCAACUAGAGAGGUCAACCAGGAACAUGAGCUCAUACGCAUUGAAACAGCAUCCAGGAAACAAGAAACAGUCAGAAGAGAAGACAUCUUUAAAGUCCCACAUGGAGGAGAUCAACCAAUCAGAACAGUGAUGACCAUGGGCGUGGCUGGCAUUGGGAAAACACUGUUAACACAGAAGUUCACUCUGGACUGGGCUGAAGGCAAAACCAACCAGAACAUUGAUUUCAUAUUUCCAUUCACCUUCAGAGAACUGAAUUUACUGAGAGAAGAAAAGUUCAGCUUAUUAGAACUGAUUCAUGAACGAUUCACUAAAACCAAAGGAAUCAGCAGCUUUGAAUCGUUCCAGGUUCUGUUCAUCUUUGAUGGUCUGGAUGAAAGUCGAUUUAAUCUGGAUUUCAACAACAAGGAGAUCCUGACUGAUGUUACAGAGUCCAGCUCAGUGGAUGUUCUGCUGACAAACCUCAUCAGGAAGGAACUGCUUCCCUCUGCUCUCCUCUGGAUAACCACACGACCUGCAGCAGCCAAUCAGAUCCCUGCUCAGUGUGUUGACAUGGUAACAGAGGUCAGAGGGUUCACUGACCCCCAGAAGGAGGAAUACUUCAGGAAGAGAUUCAGAGAUGAUGAAGAGAAGGCCAGCAGGAUCAUCUCCCACAUCCAGAAAUCCAAAAGUCUCCACAUCAUGUGUCACAUCCCCAUCUUCUGCUGGAUCACUGCUAAAGUUCUGGAGAAUGUGAUGGAGACCAGAGAGAGAGAGAAACUACCCAACACUCUGACUGAGAUGUACAUGGAGUUCCUGCUGGUUCAACUCAAAAUCAAGGAGGAAAAGUAUGAUGGAGCUGAAAAGAACAGGAAGCUGAUUGAGUCUCUAGGAAAACUGGCUUUUGAUCAGCUGCUGAAGAGAAACCUGAUCUUCUAUGACAAAGAGCUCACACAGUGCGGCAUCAACAUCCAAGAUGCUGCGUUGUUCUCAGGAGUUUUCACUGAGAUGUUUAAAAGAGAGAGAGGGACACGCGACGUCUCCGUCUACUCCUUUGUUCAUCUGAGCAUCCAGGAGUUUCUGGCUGCAGUCUACAUGCUCCACUGCUUCACCAGCAGGAAGUCAGAGGAGAUCAAGAUGCUCCUGCGAGACGAAUACAGAGAGACAUCUCUAGAUGACUUCAUGAAGAAAGUCAUGUAUAAAUCUCUCAGCAGUAAAAAUGGCCACCUGGACCUGUUUGUCCGCUUCCUUCAUGGUCUCACUGUGGAGUCCAACCAGAGAGUCUUAGAAGAUCUGCUGGGUCAGACAGAGACCAGUCCAGAAACCAUCCAGAGAAUCAUCACCAACCUGAAGGAGAUGAACACUGAUAUAAUCUCUCCUGCCAGAAGCAUCAACAUCUUCUACUGUCUGGUGGAGAUGAACGACGUCUCAUUUUAUCAGGAGAUCCAACGGCUGCUGGAUUCAGGGAAGAAGCUCUCAGAGACUAACUGUUCAGCUCUGGAAUUCAUGCUGCAGAUGUCAGAGGUUCUGGAUGAGUUGGACCUGGAGAAGUACAACACAUCAGAAUCUGGACGACUGAGACUGGUUCCAGCUGUGAGGAACUGCAGAAAGGCUCGACUUGGUGGCUGUUUGCUCCAAAAGGCUGAAUGUGAAGUUUUGGCCUCGGCUCUGAAGUCCAACCCAGAUCUGACUGAACUGGUAAUAAAUCAGAUCUACAUUAGUUAUGGUGGAGACUCUGAUAUGAAGCAUCUGGUUGAGAUCCUGGAGAAUUCAGUCAGUAAAGUGAAGAAACUGAGAUUGAAUCACUGCAGUUUAUCAGAGACCAGCUGGACGUCUCUGUUCUCAGCUCUGAAGUCCAACCCGACCCAUCUGACAGAACUGGACCUGAGCUGGACCAACCUGGAAGGUUCUGGACUGAAGGAUCUCUGUGGUUUUCUACAGACUGAAGGCUGCAGACUGGAGACAUUGACGUUGAUUUACUGCAGUUUGUCAAAGAUCAGCUGUGAUUAUUUGGCCUCAGCUCUGAAGUCCAACCCGACCCGUCUGACAGAACUGGACCUGGGAGGAAACAACCUUGACGAAUCAGAUGUUCAUCAGCUGAAAGAUCUUGUUGAGACUGUAUGUAUGAAGAAGGAGCUGCACAGAGUUGAAAACAGCCCGCAGAGACUAUUAGCGGCUAUCGCGAUGCUAACAGACUCUAGCAGCAGCUUCAGAGGAGCUUUGGCUCCAUAA